AAUGGAAGGCCGUCUUCUGUGCAACCUGUCCCUAGGCGAGAAAAAAUGCCGACCAGGCGACCGAUUGGCCGUUAUUGAUAAUCGUUCUGUUAAUUGGAUUGUAAAAUUGGAAAAGUUCGACGGAAGUGUCGCAGAAGUACCCAGUUUAAUGAUACAAUUGGUCGGUAUGGAUGAUGACGCCAGAGGGCGAUGUCUGUCGAUUAGAAAAAAAUUUGAGAAAUUAUGGACAAAAAGUGUCAUUGAAUGGAGUAGACUAUUCCUCAGGUACUUAAAUGGUGCUAACGUUGAAAGUUCUACGAGAGAAGACAAACAACGCCAUCUAGAGUUUAUUCGAGUAGCUAAAAAUGAGAUAGGCCUUGUGGAGAAUGGGGAAGAAUUCCAUGAAAUUUUCGAUAGAUUAAAUAAGGCAGUUAGAGGCGAUAAGAAAUUCUCAGAUUUGGACGAACUAAAUCGAAUUCUUACAACUUUUAAAGCUUUUAUUUCCCAAUGGAAAGUUUACGCUGGAGAAUUGGACAAACUACCGGAAGAAGAAAAAAACUUAAUAGAAUCACCUAAAAUAGAAUAUGUUAUCGAAGAUCCUAUCGAGCAAAACUUGAAUGGCAGCUAUAUAACCACUCAAACUAAACUUGAAGAGAACCGGCAGACAGUAACAAGAAAGACGAUUUAUUGCGAAAUCGAUCCGAAUAACUUUGAUAAUCCUAUUAGCGAUCAAUCGACCCAGAACAACCAUUCCGCAUCAAAACUCAAAGUAGAUUUAUCAGAUUCUUCACAAUUGAAUCAUCCAGCUUCUUUAAAGGCGCACAAUCUGAAAGAUUUCGAACCGGAAGAAGAAAUUGCACAACUUUCGACCUCAACUAUUUCUUCAAAUUGUACUCCGGAUAGUUUUCGACAAAAUGCCAAUGCAAACAAUAAAGAAGCCACAUUGGAGAAUUCUGAUAAGCCUCUUUGUAAGGCCUAUACAACUAAUGGAGACAGAGGCUUAUCAGUUUUGUAUUUGGACGAAGUAGACGAUAGUAUUGGAAAAGUUUCGGAAGAAGAUAAGGUUCCCUAUCAAACAUCGACAAGCGAAAAGAACGAAAUUAAAAUAGGUCAAUCCAAUAAGAAUACUGCUAAAAGAGCACGCGAAGAAGGUAUUAAAAAGAAGAAUUUACAAUUUGGUCAACUUCAGCAGGAAGAUAUAAAAAAUGAUUCUACUUCCUCCUUGUCAAUUGUAGGCGCAGAAACGACAAUUGGGUCAAUUGAACCAGUAAAAACUCUAAGUACUGCUGUUGUUGCUGAAACUAAUCAAUUGGUUAGUGCGGAACAAGAGGAAACAAGCAAGUUUGUAAUAACUGCAGUAAUUCAUCCUAGUACCAGACGUAGAAUAGACUUACAACAAGCGGUUAAGGAAGGUAUUAUCCGAAGUGACCGUGGAGUCUACAUUGAUAGGAUUAAAGGAAAAGAAAUACCAAUUGCUGAAGCAAUGAAUAACGGCUUAAUAAUUGUAGAAAAUGUAACAAAGGAAUUAGGAAGAGAAAAAUAUCACGACAUGGGACUAAUAACAAUUCAAGAUGGAAAAGGUCAAUCUAUGACCUUUGCUAUAAGAUCAAUUGUUGACGAAAAGUUAAACAAGAAAAUACCGUUCACAGAAGCGAUAAAUAAAGGAUUACUGAACAAGGAAACGGGAGUUUACCUUUUAAAUAAGAGUAAUCAGGAAUUAGAAUUACCCGAAGCGGUUAAAAAAGGCUACGUAAAGGCUCAAGUUAUUGACAAUCCGUCCUCCUUGGACGGUAUUCACCCUCACAACGUAGUUGUGGUUGAAAAAGUUUCAGCCAUUAAGAAGAAGAUGUUAAAGCCGAUGGCUGUGGUUAAUAGCAUGAAAAAGAGUGCCGAAGAAGGAAGUAAUAAAAAAGAGCACUAA